AUGACCCCUAACCCAACAAUCCGAUUUCACGGGAAGGACGUCCCCCUCGAGCUUCCCGCAGGAGUCGCGACAUCAAUCACAUUCGGCGACAUUGCAGUCUCCCUGCCAUCAACCAGUAGGAACGUCCAUUUAGACUACCUCACGCCAAUCCACGACAUGAAUCAAGAAUUCAAACCAAUGCCUUUCCCCGACGACGCUGACUGGCCCUCCUCCCCACGACGCGCCGAACUCUACGCCAACGCAGAUAUCCUAACCCACCCCUUCGUCUCACCCCUAAGCGGGCCGAAGGAGAUAUGGAAAGACGCCCCGCCGAUAUUCAUCACCAUCGGCGAAGAGCUGAUCGAAGACGACGGCACGUACCUGGCGAAAAAAAGCGCAUGA